CCAACUGAUCUCGACGUCUUUUUAGUCUUCGCGCUAAAUCUAGGGUUUCCAAAUCUGGGGCAAAUUUUUUGAUUUCUAAUGGAAUUUCCCCAAUCUUGGAGAUCGAAGGUAUCCUACAAGAACGCCACCAUACUCAUCUGCUGCUUGAAUCUCGUUGCCGUCUUCUUCCUUCUCCAUGGAUCCGAUCGAAGAAACGGCGGCCGAUCUCCGAGAUCCGAUCCGUCACAAGGUAGAUAUUUCUUGGAGGCAGAGGAAAUACGGCGUGCUAUGGAGCCCGUUGAAUUAAUCAAAAGAAUUAAAGAAAUUGGGCAAGAAGUCUAUAGUGAACCAGGGCCCGAGAUAAAACAAGCGCCGAAGCAGCAGACAGCUGCAGUUGAUCUUUCUAAAAGAUUAAAAGAUAGGGCGAUGAACGAUGACAAAAGCCAAAGAGCUCUUGAGGAAUGGCGUAUAAGAAAGAUGGAGCGAGCAAGACUACGAGAGACUGGGAUGGACGGAACUGUCAUAACUCAAACUUAGGGCUUUCUCAGCUCAAUGUUAUUGAUGUGGCUCUUUCUUGUCGUAUCUACCGGAAUAUGGUCAUGGAAAUUGUUUAGAGACUUGUAAGGUUGUAUGUAGGUCCGUUAAGUGUUGUAUAUACAUCAUUUGAUUAACGACAUUGCAUCUCAAGAGACUAAUCUUUAACCUUCUUUCAUUUCAAA